CCGCCGCCGCCCAUGGAGCCCAACGGGACGGCGGCGGCGGGGGGCAACGCUUCGGCGACGGCGGGCGGCGGCGGUUCCCCCGGGAGCGGGCCCUUACUCAUCCCCUCGGCCUUCGGGACGGUGCUAUCGGUGAUGUACGUGGCCGGGGUGGCGGGUAACGUGUACACGCUGGUGGUGAUGUGCCACUCGGCGCGCUGCGCCGCCCCCAUGUACAGCUCCAUCGUCAGCCUGGCCCUGGCCGACCUGCUCUACCUCUCCACCAUCCCCUUCAUCGUCUGCACCUACCUGGCCCAGGACUGGUACUUCGGCGACCUGGGUUGCCGCAUCCUGCUCAGCCUGGACCUGCUCACCAUGCACGCCAGCAUCUUCACCCUCACCCUCAUGUGCACCGAGCGCUACCUGGCCGUCACCCGGCCGCUGGACACCCUGAAGCGGUCGCGAGGCUACCGUAAGGUCACGGCGGGCGCCGUCUGGUCGGUCUCGCUGCUGCUGACUCUGCCCAUGAUGCUGAUGGUCACCCUGACCGAGGGGAGCAAGGCAGAGGGCAAGGUGAAGAGGAUAUGUGCGCCCACCUGGAGCAUGGACGCCUACCGGACCUACCUGACAGUGCUCUUCAGCACCAGCAUCAUGGCCCCGGGGAUCAUCAUCGGCUUCCUCUACACGCGCCUGGCCAGGACCUACCUGGAGUCCCAGAGGAACCCCCCGCACAAGGAGAAGAGCAAGAGGUCCCCCCGGCAGAAGGUCCUCAUUAUGAUUUUCAGUAUUGUGUUGGUCUUCUGGGCCUGCUUCCUGCCAUUUUGGAUCUGGCAGCUGGUCCGACUCUACAGCAACUCCCUGCAGCUCACCACCCAAACCCAAAAGUGCAUUAACUACCUGGUGACCUGCCUGACCUACAGCAACAGCUGCAUCAACCCCUUCCUCUACACCCUGCUCACCAAAAACUACCGGGAGUACCUGCGCAACAGGCACCGCAACUUCUACAGGUUCACCUCCUCCUUUCGCAAGAGGGGCUCCAACCUGCAGUGCUCCUGGGGACGGUCCAUGUCCUCCAGCAACCAGUACGACUACAGCUCGGAAGCCCUGGGCAUGGCCACGCUGAAGGACAAGUGAGGAAGAGGAGGUGCUCUGGAGACACCAGGACCAGGAGCGUUUGGCCAAGGGCUUCUCUCACUCUGUUUGCCCUCCUGUUCCAUCCCCAGAGGAAUUACACCAAGACUGGAUCCCCAAUGCCACGUUCUGGGUUGCAGGUGAAGGAGAUGGUGAUGGCAUAGCGAGUGCCCCAGCGAACCUUUUCUACCCGGUGAAGGUUCUCCGACCCGGAGGUGAAAAAGGAAACUCGUCCUGUAAAGACAGAAGUAUUGAAUCAGUGACAUGGAGCUCACCACUCGGCUGUCAGCUCCACACACAAUUUUGCUGUUGUCUCAGUCCAGCUGUUCCCUGGCUACCUGAGAGCCCAUAGGUCAAAGACAAAGUGUUAUGAGCUUACGCUGCGCUCCGACAGCUUUAUGUAUUGUUUAAAUCCUACCUUAAUCCGUUGUGCUACCAAGCUGGAGACAUCAUUCCACCAUCUCUCAUAGUUUGUAAAAGGCAGGAGGAAGCCAAAAACAUCUGAAGCCAGUUCUUAGUUGCCUUUAUUUAAAGCAAAAAAAAGGCAAUCCCAGUAAUUCUCAAAGUGUGUUGAUUUCCUCUCUGCUCCCCUUCUAGUCUGGGCUCUAAAUGUAGACCAAAGGAGGAGGAAGUGCUACAAAGGUGCCAGAAGGUCUUCAGUGAAAAAAUAAACAGCUCAGCAGGUUUACAAGCAGCUGUGGCAGCUUAUCAGCACUGUACCAAGUAUCUGUUGUAGCUUUUGGUGCACAGUUUGAUCACUUGCUCUUCAGCCAGGUUAGAAAGUUAUCCAAUCAGUCACAGACAGAUUAAUUUUCAUUAGAAGGAGCCACUCCAUCAAUGCAUUGGCUUGGAUGUUUUUUAUAGAUGCAAAUGCUUACUCCUGUGCUUCACCCUGUCCAGCCUUUCACCACCACCCUGCCUUGGGGUUCUCCAGGCAUUUUCUGAAUUAAACUGUUCUAAGAAUGUAAGUUUGAUGUUCAACAAGUAACUGAGAACUGAAACAACUCUGGAGGCCUGUUCAAGUUCUCCUGAGAAAGCUGGCAACACUCAGAUCCCAGCUCUUUUAGCCAAGAGCAUGUGUGUUUUCCCAACUUGAGCUUCUUAUUCACUGCUCAAAUUAAAGUUUGCUAUCGAGCUUAUCAGAGGGAACUGACACUGACAAUCUAACUCUGCCUGGGAGGCAUUUGCAUUAGGGCAAAAUCCAACACUUACAUACCUACUUGAAAUCUGCACAACAAGAGGAUGAACUAUUCAACCUCCACUGCAGAAAUGGCAUCAGGCACACAGCUGGUUUUCUCUUCCAAAAGUGAUCCAAAAGGUGCAGAAGUCACUCUGCUUACACACUGCUGAGCAGCACACAUGGGAGAUAGGAAGAAAACCAGACUGGCCUCAUGGAGCUCAGCUCACCCACUCAUCUCUGAAGUCCAUUCAAGUAGCCUGUGUCCCUUGCACGUUCAGUUGCAGAUCACAUUUAAUCUUUUGUAGUUCAGAGAGACUUUCAUAACUGCCAGGCAUAAGUCCUAAUCAUACUCUCAUCUGUCUGUGGCUGCACAUCAAUAACUGAUAAAGCUAUAUAGAUAAAUAUAAAGAUUAGAUCCCUUUGUAUGCACAUUCACACCCUGGUGUCUCGCUUGUCUGGAUGAAAGGCCAAUAGAAGGCAGUGUAGUGCUGCCCUGUGAGUGUGGUGAUGAACAGCUACCUUCAAGGACUUUGUGUGAAGUCCUUGGGCAAAGAAUUUUUUUUAGUUUAAAUCUCAUUUCAACCUUGUUUGAGUCCUCAAUUAUCGAUUCCUCACCCACAGCUUUGCCUUAAACUUGAUUUUCAAGCUGGUUUUGUUUGAUCUGUUAUUCAGUGUUAGACAAGCUUCAGUGUAUUGUUUAAGCCAGCUAGGUUGAAGUUUGGGGUUUUUUUGGCUAUACAAAAUGCCUUUUCAUUUCUUUCCUUAAUAAAUAUACCUUCAUAUA